CCGCUCAACUUGAGUGUUGAUUACCGUCGUACCCUUUUCCCCUAUAAGGCCAUGCCAGGGCGCGAAGGUGGCAAGAAGAAGCCGCUUAAACAGCCAAAGAAAGAGGACAAGUUUAUCGAUGAAUCGGAUGUCGCCUUAAAGCUGAGAAUGCGCGAAGAACAAAAGAAGCUUGAAGACUUCAAAAAAGUAGCUUCGACCAGAGGUCCAAUCGGUUCGGGCUCAAAAAAAGUUUCUAAAAAGUAG